AUGAAAAGAGCUCGCGACAUUCGCGACCAACUAGCCGGACUGCUCGAGCGCGUGGAAAUCGAGCCCAUAAGUAAUGCUGGUGAUCAUAUAGCUAUACGCAAGGCAAGCGGGGAUGCUGACCUAGAUUGCCAAACGAUCGCAACUUUAUUUCAGCUCCUUUCGAUGCUGAUCCAAGCGAUAUGUGCCGGGUUUUUCUACCACACCGCACGCUUCACGGGCAAUGGCUAUCGAACAGUAAAGCAACAUCAUACCAUUCAUCCGCAUCCAAAUUCUUGUCUUUCUGAAGAGCAGCCGCGCUGGGUCAUCUAUCAUGAGCUCGUCUUC